AACGAAGGAUGCGAUGUGGGAUCGUAUCGAGGAGAAGUUCUUCACGGCGAUAAAGAAGGACGGCUCCUACCGAACCCGGGACCAACUCACUUCCAAAUGGUGCCACAUCAACAAAAAAGUCCGAAAGUUUAUGGGAGUUUACGAGGAAUGCUCCCGGUCCCGGAGGAGCGGCACGAACGACGUCGAUGUUCUCCGGCUUGCCACGACCCGGUAUCAAGACGACGGGAACCAAGGCAAGGUGUCCAUCGAUCUUUGGAAGAUUUUGAGUCGUUCCCCAAGUGGCAACAACUCAACAAUCCCGACGGCGGAUCAUUGCAGAAAAGAUCCACCGGCGCCGCCGAGGUUGAGGUCGACGAGACUAUCGGUUCUACCGAUCAAAUCCCUCCCUUCAACGUUGCGGAUUCCGAUGACAAGGACCCCAUUCCACGGCCGAUCGGAAGAAAGAAGGCAAAAUCCAUUGCCUCUGGUUCGGGAGGGUCCGCCUCUAUUUCCGCUUCUCCCCACGACGAAAUCGGCGGGGCAAUGGUUGAACAACUUCGGGCGUUCAAUCUCCAGGAACAAGAGAGGUUGAAGCUAAAGGAGAAGGAGUUGAAGAUAAAGGAGCAGGAGGCCGAGAUGAAAGUCAUGCAAACCGACCCCGGGACGUUGUCGGAGUUUGGACGAAUUAUCUACGAGCAAAGAAUGAGAGAGAUCAAGGAGAAAUAUAAUUUACCUUAGUUUUUUUAUUAAUAUAAAUAAGUUUUUAGUAAAUUCUACAACUGAUUCUUUUUAAUAAUGGCUUUUCCAUAUC